UGCGUCAAUCAAGCGCGUCACGUGACCGCACUGGAAUGUCAACAAUGUGGAAGGUGGGAGGAGCUUGUACGCCACUCAAACUCCGUCGGCUCCCGGGCGCCUGUUUCAUGGAUCCCCAAGGAAACUGUUUCUGAAAACGACGACGAAUGCGGUGACAACAUGUCGCGAUGUUUUCGGCCGACGGCCGUGCAGUGUUGCUGUGCUUGAAGUGCUUGCGCGGCGGGGCCGGCCGACCGACGCUCUCGCAGGAUACCGUGCCAGCAGCUCUCGGUCCUACGUGUAAAUGAUCUGCGCCGUGGUCCUUCGGAGACCAUGUUUGGAAGUGCAGUGCCGCGCAUCGUUGUGACUAGUGCACAUUGUGGUGACGGUCGCUGCUCUGGAUUACACGUGUCCCGGUAACCACGUAGGUUCGGAGGCAAAGGUUUGGGGCCACGGAUGUUGAGCAGCCAGCUACGCAGUGAUGCCACAUUGCACUUUCAAGUAAUCGCAUGCCUCUCGGGGUGUCGCCCUUGGGGGGAGGAGGAGGAGGAGGGGGUCCCCGACCCGAUGGGCCUAGCGGGGGGGGACCUCCCUGAGAAGGGCUGAGGGGGCAUGAUGCGGCCCUGCGGCGAGCCCCCCGGCGGUGGGCCCGGGGGGGCACCGGCACACAAGGAGUACCGCCAGAAGGCGCUCCAGCAGAUUCGCAACAGCCUCAUGCCCUUCGCCCACCAGGGAAGGGACCGACGGUCGAGCGCCUCCUCCACGGCCAGCGAGUCCGGCUCGUACGCGCCGUCCGUCGCCUCCUCGGAGGACACGAGUUCUCGCAGCUCCAAGUGGAGUUCCUCCAAGGGCAUCGAGUUCGGCCAGGAGAAGGAGCCGCCGCCUCCCGCCAUGGUCAACGGGCUGUCCAGGAGCGCGCCAGGCAAGGUGGGCGGCAUGAAGGCCCUGCGCAAGGCGAGCCUGCAGGCCGACUCGGGCGUGCCGCUCUGGGAGCGCUCCAUGCUCGAGGCGACGCGCUCGGACAGUCCGGUCGGCGUGCGGCAACCGCCGCCUCCCCCGGACUUCCCGCCCAGCGAACCGCCGCCGCCACCGCCUCCCCCGCGCGGGGUCGUCGUCGGGCCGACGGCCGGCAACCCCGUGGCCGGCGUCCACCACCACCACUCGCUGCUCAAGCAGCCCCCGCGGGCGCCGUCCUCGGUGGGCGGCUACAGCAGCACCUCGUCGGGCUCUGCGGGGCCCCUCCUCAAGGGUCCCAGCCCGGUGCCCCUGAUGGGGGGCGGCCGCCUCCUGUACCCGAGCGGCGCCGCGCCGCCGCCCCCGUACCCGUGCAGCGGCGGCAGCCUAUCGUCGGCGCCGUCGUACGCCGCCUCGUCGAGCUCGGGCCGCCAGAGCCCCGCGAACACGACCGUGAGCAGCAGCUGCAGCGAGUACUCGGUGGCCUCCGGGGGCUCCAAGUCGCGCGCCCUGCCGCCUCCGCCCGCGUACACGCCGCCGCCGGCGGCGCAGUCGCCCGGUGCCGGGGUCUCGGGGCCGCCGCCGCCGCCUCGACCCCUGCAGGCGUGGUCGGCGCGGCAGGCCAAGUCCCAGUCGCCGGUCAUCAUGCAAUCCGUCAAGAGCACGCAGGUCCAGAAGCCCGUCCUCCAGACGGCCAUCGCGCCCACGGCGCCGCUCGCGCCGUACAACUACGCCGCCUCGUCGUCCUCGUCGUCGUCGGGGCCCCCGACCAUGUCCGUCGCCUCGUCGCGGAUCCACGAACCGCCGCCGUACCCGAGCCAGGUAGCCGGCGGCGGAGGCGGCGUCGCCUCCGUCACGGCCGUCCAGGCGCCGCAGCCCCAGCCCCCACCGUACGCGGCGCACAACGGCGCGCCGCCGCCCCCCUACGCGCUGCACCGGCAGGACCCGCCGCCGCCCCCGCCCGCGGCCACCGUGCCCACCACGGAGCCGCCGAGCUACGCGUCGUCCGUGGUGGCGCUGGCAGCGCAGAGGGCCGCCGCGGCGGCCGCGUACGGCUCCUCCAAGAACCCCUCGCUGCUCGGCAGCAGCGGGCGGACCACGUCGGUGGCCACCACGACGGCGUCCUCGGACCUGGUGACGACGGUGGCCAGCAUCUGCUCCUCGCAGGUGUCGGCCCUGCAAGGGGGCGCGUCCUUAGGGGCGCCGAGCGGUGGGGCGGCGCCGCGCAAGGCUUCGCCCGUGGCCACAGAUACGGCGAGCUCGGCGUCGCGCUCCGAGUCGCCCGUGUCGUUCGUGUCGGUGACGUCGGCCUCGUCGCCGUCCACCCAGUCGGACUCGACCCACGACUCAGGCCGGGGCAAGACGACCCAUCAGUCGCCCAUUCCCGUUCGACGGAACUGGCCCCUCGAGAAGGAGGAGGAGAGGCGAGCCUCCAAGGUGCGGAACUACUCUCCGGAGGCGUACAAGUUCUUCAUGGAACAGCACGUGGAGAACAUUAUGAAGAGCCAUGAGCAGAGGCAGCACAGGCGGCAGCAGCUUGAGGCCGAGAUGGCCAAGGUCGGGCUGUCGGAAGAGGCCCAGCGCCAAAUCCGGCACAUGCUAUAUCAGAAGGAGUCCAACUACAUCCGCCGCAGUCGUGCCAAGAUGGACAAGUCCAUGUUCAACCACAUCAAGCGCAUUGGAGUUGGAGCCUUUGGCGAGGUGGCCCUCGUCCGCAAGCACGACACAAACCAACUGUACGCCAUGAAGACCCUGAGCAAGGAGGAUGUGCUCAAGCGCAACCAGGUGGCACACGUCAAGGCCGAGCGGGACAUCCUGGCCGAGGCGGACAACGAGUGGGUCGUCAAGCUCUACUACUCGUUCCAGGAUGAGCGUAACCUCUACUUUGUGAUGGACUACAUCCCGGGCGGGGACCUCAUGUCCCUGCUCAUCAGGCUGGGCGUCUUCGAGGAGCACCUAGCGCGCUUCUACAUCGCCGAGCUGGUGCUGGCCCUGGAGAGCGUUCACAAGCUGGGAUUCAUCCACCGCGACAUCAAGCCCGACAACGUGCUCAUCGACCGUGACGGACACAUCAAGCUCACCGACUUUGGCCUCUGCACGGGUUUUCGGUGGACGCACAACUCCAAGUACUACCAGAAGAACGGUGAGCAUGCGCGCCAGGACUCGAUGGAGCCAGACAAGAACUGGUCGGAGGAUUGCCAGUGCGCCCGGAGCAAGCCACUGGAGCGACGGCGGAGGAGAGAACAUCAGCGGUGCUUGGCACAGUCCCUGGUGGGCACACCCAACUACAUCGCGCCUGAGGUGCUGGCGAGGCACGGUUACGGACAGUCGUGCGAUUGGUGGAGCGUUGGGGUCAUCCUGUAUGAAAUGCUGGUUGGCCAGCCACCUUUCUUAGCCAACACACCUGGUGAGACGCAGUAUAAGGUGCUCAACUGGGAGACGACACUGCAGAUCCCCAAGGUUGCCCUGCUGUCCACUGAAAGCACAGACCUAAUCCUGCGGCUCUGCUGUGGUGCAGAGCAGCGGCUUGGCCGGAACGGGGCCGACGAGAUCAAGGCGCACCCGUUCUUUGCCUCCAUAGACUUCGAGGGAGGCCUGCGCAACAAGCCGGCCCCCUACAUUCCCAACAUCCGCUACCCGGCUGACACAUCCAACUUCGACGCUGUGGAUGACAUGGUUCUCGACAAACCCCCGGCCUCAGCGCCCGAGCCCAAUGGCCGGCAUCCCGAGCAUGCCUUCUUCGAGUUCACCUUCCGACGGUUCUUCGACGACGGCGGCCAGGCGUACCCUGUCCGAGCGGGGACGGGGGCCGCCCUGGGGGUCACGGGGUCACAAACCAGUGAGGACGGUCUGGACGGACAGGGGUCUCCAGUUUACGUGUGACCAAGGCCCUGCCCUUCGUGGUCUUGAUGAUAAACUUGAGGGGCAGACAGUGUUCGAAGUUACGAUGCGCAUCGAAUAGCAGUGGUCUGGCCGUGCAUCUCAUGUUGGCAGUCAGAAAGGCAGUGCAGUAUACGAGGCCAGGCCCGAAGAUAGCACUCAACUAAGAGCCUGGUGUUUGCACAAGUGCUUGUGGUGAGCUGCUUUGCCAUUGCUGUGGCUGCUAUUGGCAUCCCAGUUCGCAACCGUCUCUGGUUGGUCUGUGUCUGCAGCUCCAUCUGCCGAGAAGAGCUGGGUGCCGGUAAGCAAUCUUUGCGAAGGUGUAGUGGAUGAGGUUCUAGGGAUGUUCUGGGAAUGGCCCAUGCAUGGGAACGACCCUGUCAAAAUGAUGCUGGUCAUCGCAACAUGCCGCAGAGAUGUCUUAUGGCCGAGGACAGGAGUAGCGCUUGUCGCUAAUGAAAGGUGGCAAAAAAUCUUCAGAUGUCUUCGAAUGUCCAGCCGGAAGAAACUCGCACUUGACACCAUUGUUAUCAGCUGACCUGCUUGGAUCACCGGCUACUCCAUCACCUCGCAGCAGACCAGCUGUCGAGAUGACAUGCUCGUUGAAUCUGCCAAAGCCAAGUGAUAGGUCCAAAGUGAUACGAGGGCCCUGCCACCGACAACCUUGCAAUGAGGCGAUGUUUUUUCACCGGCUGCGACCAAAUGAGCCCUCGUAAAGGGAUCCGGCGACAAGUGCCUUGACCAUCUGCGCCAAAAACGAACAAAAAGAAAAAUGAAUGCCUUUUGACAAAGCGCCGCCACAAGAGUCUCACCGCUGUGUUGCGUCGAAGCCUCUGUCUGUAUUUUUGAAGAGCUCUAGUUGUGGUGACUGUUUCUGUGCUGUUACUGUAUUCUUUGUUUUAGGUUUUCCUUUUUUGCUUUGGGAGCAAAGCAAAGCCAAGUCCCGGUACUUUACUAGGAGAAGAAGAGACUCUGUUUCAAUUUCGCGAGAAAGAAAGAAAAAAGGUGUACACACUCCUUGCCGUCGCGUCCCCCGUUCGAGCUGUUUCAACGGGGGCGGCUUGUUUUUGUCGCUGUGGAGACGCGCUGGACUGUGAUACGUACCAAGGCGGUGCUCGGGAAGGACACUGUCGUCUGCUGCGUGUGUGGCGUGGCUGGACAAUGUUUUUUUCUUUCCCAGUGCACGUCCCGGCAGAGGGGGGACAACAGAAGGGUGCCAGCUGGCGUCCUUAGGCGCGAUUGUUGCUUGUUGUUCUAUAACGCUAUUAUUAUUAAUUAUUAUAAUUAUUACCUCUUGUAUCAUAGCUUCCACCAGCUACCUCUCCUCUUGAGGAGUCCAAGCCCUCUGUGUUAUUUAUUUGAUCUGCAAGGAUUUUUGGAGAAGUCUGUGAGUGUCUGUCCUUUAUAUUUCCCUUUGUCAGUUUGCUCUCCCGUGUUCUGUGUGAUUGUUCGUUCUUUCUCUUCUUUUUUUUCUUUUAAAUAUCUUUCGAGGUGCGUUUGGCCUUGGUGUGUGACGACCCACAGCUCCUUGUUUCUUUGAAGGGGAGUUAAGCGGUGCAGCAGUAAAAUGUAGUCUCGAGGAUGCCACCCGGACAGAAAAUGCCAAGGCGGAGACCCAACUUUUUUUUGCACUUUCUUCUGUCGGCCAACGUAGUGCAUCUGUGUCCAAUGUUAAACAUGAACACAGCAUUUAGGGCAACACAUUGUGUGAGCAAAGUGCCUUCUCCGAAAACGUCAUUCAGUAUAGUCUAUUGUGCCUUGUUUACAUGGCAUUCUAGCCUGAACGAAACUCCCUUUCGAAAUCCAGCUUUAUCGUGUGCCUUAUGGGAGUUACCCUGCGUGGCCUGUCUGCUCACUAGUUAACAUAGCAAGCCUUUGAACGCUAUGGUCAGUUCAGCAUUUCUAGCAUUUGUUGGAGUCCCAGUCUUACAGGCUGACUGAAUAGAUCGAUUUCAUGACAGGUUUCGCUUCAUCACCGCUGCUGCAAAGAAUGUUGCUUUAGUAGUCCUUAGAGGGUUCAAGGGCAACUACGGUACAAAGCAUGUUGUGUUGGUUCCAUGAUAAGCCUGCUUGUCAUAUGAGGUCAAGAGGCAGAGAUGUGAAAAGAAAAAGAUUCGGUAGGAGAAUGCCCCGACAUUCACCUAAAAUUUCCUGAAAAAUAUCUGCAAUGUCAGUGUCCUCGGCAUUCUCUUCAUUGUUGCCUUCAACCCAAGUACUUAAUAAAGGGAAAAUGAGAAAUCCACCUUAAUGUAGCUAAGUGCUACAGAGGAAGUCCACACGGGUUUUUUGAAAGAAAACCCUCGCAGUUGAAGAAAAAUUCGUCCUGGUCCGGGACUCAAACCCGAGAGCACCGCCUUUUCAGGGCAGCCGCUCACCAUCUGAGCUAAGAAGGUGGCUAGCGGAUGGCAGGGCAAAGUCGAAUUUAUCAGCAACUCGAAGCAAAGGCUAGAGUUUGACGUAAUAGUUCUGCAGAAACCCGCAAGGUGGACAGAAGUAAUUAAUAAAGGGAAAAUGAGACAUCCACCCAAACGUAGCUAAGUGCUACAAAGGAAAUGCAUACGGGUUCCUUGAAAGAAAAAAAACAAAAGAGGAACCUGUAUGGGUUUCCUUUGUAGCACUUAGCUAUGUUUGGGUGGAUGUCUAAUUUUCCCUUUAUUAAUUACUUCUCUCCACCUUGGGGGUUUCCACAGAACUAUUAUGUCAAACCCAACUACUGUGGGAAAGUGGUGAGAGCUGCUGUUGUGGUGCUGACAAAGUCGCUGCAUAUGCAUUCUGAACGUGGUGAAAUCGGUGUUUGUUUGCCAUUAUCAUUUGACGAGAUGAGGCCAGCAUUAGAGGCAGUUUGUAGGACUCGUUACAGAUGCACACUGAGUGUGGAACAAAUUAUUUCACUUGCAGCGAUAUAUAUUUGUGGGGCAGCUAUGCCUGUGUGUUGGUCCAGUGAUUUCACGAUGUGUUUAGCUGAUAUGUUCAGUGUAGUGGGUGCACACGUUGGUGCUGGUAUGACGGUUGCUAGAUGUGCUUUAUUUUCCUGUGUGAAAAAUCAAUGACUGGCAGCUUCUCGAAUUGAUAUGUUUGGCCUGCUGUAAUCUGUGUGCCUUCUACAGUGCAACCUCUUUGUUGAGAACUCAUUGUGACCCAAAGAAAUGAACACUAUCAGUAUCUUUAGUUUAAGAGUGGCUCAACAUUUUGCCGAUUUGCAGUUCAGCUUACUCCGCCGAAAUGCAUUCAAUGAAUUCCUCUUCCAAGAAGUGCAGAGUUGUUGUUGCUUAACUUCUAAAUUAGUAUCGUGAGCACUGUAGUUAUUUUGUAGUUUUGCUAAAGUCUUGCCAGAACCACCUCAAGGCAGGCAGCAUGCAGUGAUUUGUCCCCGUUUCCCAUGCAUUUAGUGUGUCUCUAAUCACACUGUGAGCUCGGGUGAUCUGGGCUUUAUUUGUGGCCACAGGCUUGUCGUCAUUGACCAAACACAUCUUUGGUGACAUCGGUAAUGAUUUUGUUGCUUCUGUCGUCAUCUGACAGCAUCCCAGAUGAAGCUUGCACUAUGUCAUUGUGCGGGUUCCUCGAAAGUCUUGCCUUUGCCUUGCCUGGGGUCAUAUUAUGCAAGGAUUAUUUUCCCUUGAUUCUACUCAUUUCCUAUCACCCGUCAUGGCGAAGGGCCUGUAGUGAUCACUUGCUACAUCCUACUUGCAUUAAGGAGGGACACUCGUCGACAUGGCACAUUUAGGUUACCCUGUGCAAUGGCUUAGUGGCUGUGGUGCCAUGUCUGCUCAAAUCAGUGGGUCAGGGGUUCAAUUGCAGUGGCAGCAAAGAGCUGCCAUCAUGCCAUCCAAUGGCGAAGGACAAAAAGAGUGGAAAAUGUUAAGGACAGCCCCUGAAGUGAAUAAUAUGGCCCCUACCCUCUUCUUUCAGUUUUAUUGUUUCGUUAGUACAGUCAGUCACGUGCUUGCAGAAUAAUAGAAAAAUGCUCUUCUUUGCUAUAUCCCAUUCUUCACUAUAAUCGUGUGUUCGCAACACGCAGAUUCACUAUAACAAGGUCCUGUAAUUACUGUAUCUUCCAGUCUGUCAGUUGCACCUGCCCCAAAACGGCAAUUUUUCCGGAGGAAAAAAAAAAUGAAUAUAAAUCACACCGUUGUAUAGGACAUACCUGUUCAUUUGGCAAGGGAUUUAAAAACAAUACAGUAACAUUUCACUUGGCAAACACAUGUCACGUGCAAGCCUAUAGGUGCCAUUCUUCUAGAAUUGGGAUAGCAGUUAUAUGGACACUCCAGGCGCAUUUCUGCUGUCAUGGUCGCUACGAUGUUCUGUAUAAAGUCUAAGGGCAAUAACGUUGUCCCCAUGCACCGUAUGCUAUAUGUGUGAAGGAAAACAUGCAACAGUGAGCCGAAUGGCGUCCAAGGGAGGAGAGCAGGAAGGCAGCGUGAGAGGGAGGGGGGGUGGCUUGUACUUUAGUAGCAACUGCCUAGUUUGUGCAGUGGCGCAUGCCGUAUCUUGAAAGCGAUCUGCAGAUGCGACGACUUUAGAGUCUGUUGACUCGUGAUUGGCCUGCUGCAGCUAGCCUUGCUUCUCCGUCCUUCUUGCACGACGCUCGGCAACUCGAUUGCGACAAGACCCUGAUACCUCCAUAGUCUGCGCACAACCCAUAGCAAUUGCUAGAGGAGGUCAACCCAGCAUGCUUCACUUGGCCAUAGCAUCCAAUCCGAUUUUGACGGCAGUUUUUUCAGACGAAAAAAAGAAGCAUAUAUAACUCACACCCUUCUAUAAGAUGCACCAACAAAAAUUCAUGAAAAAGAAUUCAACUUAUACACCGGGAAAUGCAGUACGCGAGUUCACUUGACUGAAAUUAUGAUUUUUGGCUCUUGCAGACUGGGAAAUAGACAAACUAAGUGUAGUUGACAUCGGACAAGGUACAAAACAGAAACUAAGAAAGACUGAGCAGUGGCAGAAGUUUUCAAUGGAGAAAAAGUUUGGUGCAGGUUUUCUGGCGUUUCAAGAAAUCUGUACAGGCUGUACUAGAGUAAUUGUAAUUUAACACAGACUGAGAAUGUGCUCUAGUUUCAUAGUUGAUCUAUUGCGACCGCAGUGAGGUGCUCUUCCAUUUUUGUCAUCCACUUUCAGCUGAACUGCGAACACCUUGUAUGAGCCUCUAUUCAACAUGUCUUUUCUUUGCACCAACAUGGGCUUCAUUAGUAGCUGAUGCCAUCAAGACAUUCACGAGCAAAGCAAAUGUGUCGAAUAGAGCAUGCAAAGUCAUAAAGCAAGCUGCCACAAAUCCUAAGCCUUGCUAGGAGCAUUGUUGAAUCUAACUUCGCGCAGUGUUCGGAGUUCUUUGCCUCUCACCUUCCUUGAUUUAUGUGACUAGGAUUAUGAACAAAACUUUAAACUUAGUGGUCAAAAAUUGAAACAGUAAAUCGAUUUGAACGGGUAGAGUAUUUUGAAACCCUAUUUUGCAUUUUUUGACGAGAAGAGCUGACUGCCAAAUUUCACUGCUUGUGUUUGUGCUGCUGCAGCUCCUGCAACGUCAGCCAUGGCACGACAGAUUUAACUUAAGUGGUGCGAUGGCUUAGUGGCUAUGGCUGGAGGCUGAUCAUGUCCGUCAUAAAAGCGACCGCAUAUCAGGCCUGUGUGCGUUACUGUGAGUGUGCAUACGUGCCAAACCGAGAUUGAGUGGUAGCUGGUCGUUAAUCAUUGCGCUCUCUGACUUGUGAAUGAAUGGGUUAAGGAAUUUGUACCUGUAGAUGACUUGCGGGUUUCUAAACGAAGGAACAUAGUGCAGGUAAAGAGAGCAGACAAGUCACCGCAGCAGCUAUGGCGGUAUGCUGCUGAGCGCGAGGUCACAGGUUUGAUUCUCAACUGUGGCAGACGCAUUUCAAAAAAGGGCAGACAGCAAGAAUGCUUGUGUGGUUAGAUCUAGGCACGCACUAAGCAACCCCAUGUGGUAAGAAUUAACCUGGAGUCCCUGACUACAAUGUCUCAGCCCAUGUGUUGCUUUGAGGCAUAAUACCAUGAUUUAAAUUGAAAAACGAGCAGAUGACAGCAUUGGUGCUGCACAAUCUUUGCUCUUUGUCAAGUAACUUAUGAUGAAGACCUGGUCACAUGUAAGAAAUUGCAAACGAUUCAUCUCUGUAGGCUUUGUCUGCCACAUCCUCAUGCCAUGCUGUGUAGAUUGCCUGUUUUCCAUCUCAUACUUGGUAGGCGACAGUGUGAAAGCUGUGAAAGUUGUGCCAUGAUAAAACUAUCACUCUGCAUGUUUUCUUGGAAAGGUUGUAGCUGUGAAAUUACCUCUGUACUAGUCUGUACUCAUUAUUAUGUCUUUUCAAAUUGUGCGGCAACUAAAGCUAUAACACUUUUCUAUUUCUACCAACAGACAAUGUUGGCAAAAUUGAGGAACUGUAUUCAGCAGCAAUGUUUUGUACGUACUUUGUUUCUGUACCUUUGACCUUCAUAGCCAGGAGACAUUGCAUGGCUUCCACACUGUUGCCUGCUGUGUGUGAAAUGGUGUAUAAGGUUCGUGUGGGUGAGAGCUGAAUGACGACCAGUUCAAUUCAAUUUCUUGUUCUUUUUCUGAAAUAUUCUUAAGUUUUCUGGGUUAAUAUCUGUACUCCGCAGCUUGACAGAUGGACUUAAAUUUCUGUCAGCUUGGCUUUGUGGCACAAUAUAUUAUGGACGGAAAUCUAAUGAGUCCUUUAAGACGGUCGCACUUGAUGCUUGACUUUGAAACUUUUUGCUGAAGCAUGCUGUCUGAAGUAUACUCCACGAUUGCACAUUUCUCAGUGCCUCAUAGAAAAAUUGACAGUUUAGACCUCUUUGUUACCUGCUUCUCCUACUGCAGUGUUUAAAAAAUAAUCGAAGGGCUGGUUAUAGACUGCUCUUUGGGGCCAUUCUUUCAAGCAAGGCUCAGCUUGUUAAUUGUAUCAUUCUAGGGCUAGAUGUUUCUAAAAAAAAGCAGGAAACCCAGAAUACAAUUUGCUGUUGAGAUAGUUAUGUUCAUGGACAGCAGAAAAUUAAGAAUAAUGGAGAGGUGUACACAAACAAGGCAAACAGGAUAUCAAUGUGCUUCUUCUUUGUCUCUUGGGAGAUUGUGUUCAUGCAUGUUGCGAGGCCUCUCAGUCUUUUUGUCAUUUACGUAUGACCCAUUUAUGCUCCUGAAGGCGAGGUGAAGAAAAAUUCAGUUGGAAGUAGUGCUCUUGAAUGUCAAUAAAUAAAAUGAAAGCACUUCUUAACUGAUGGUUAUCCCGGUAAUCUGCAAAACAAUAGAACCUUCUUAUACCUACAAGGAGAGUGUUGUGGAAUGUGGAAGUAAGACUAUAAAGAAACUGCUGUGACCGUAAUUUGGUUACAGCUCCUUACUCAGGCUUAAACAUCCAUCCUUGAUCGUACUUGUAACUCGUUCUACAGGUUUUUUUUAUAGUCUAUUACUCUGCAUUCAUGUUUUUUGUCCAGUUUGACGUUAAAAGUAGAUUCGUUUGGGCAUGCCCUGUUUAGUUAGGGUGUUUACCUUACACUUCAAGACAGGAAGCACUGAAGUAGUGUGUCCAUCUGUCUGUUUAAACAGACACAUUUCUAGCAGUGUCUGGUGGUGCAUUGCUGCCAUUUUGCCAUCCUGUACUUGUUUACAUGUGUGGGACUGUCUACUCUUUCUCAUAUUUGAACAUUGGCAUGAGGAAGACAAGGAUAGAUUUGGCUUGACAAAAAAAAAAUACGUCAACUUUAUAAUGUUGUUCUUGAGCAUGACAAUUUCUUGACAUUGUAAAUUUGGUGAUAUCCUAAAUAGCGAAGAAUACUUGAAGUUUACAAGUAUAGGUCUUGCUGUUCCUUCUGUCUUGACUCUACUGUUAAAGCCCACGCUUGUUGCUGUUUGCUGCACGGACAUUGCCUGCGAGCUGUUGAAGGUUAGCGAUUAGGUAGUAUUGCCAUUUUUCACCUUUUGCGGGGGGUCCUUUAUAUGUCUUUUGGCACAACGUUGGGGCUAUCCAAUCUCACUGGUGCGUUGCUGCCAGUAUGACACAGUGUGCCUUGGCAAUGUCAUCGGAUGAUUCUGUUUGUUUCUACAGAACAACCACUUGUGGAUACUCAUUCAGGCGUUGACUUGCGUAUUAUGCCGCUGCCCUUAGUUCUAGAAGUACCUUGUUAAAUUAGCUUGUAGUCCACAGCUUUGUGUGGUCAGAGUGCCGGUGAAUGUGAAUUGCUCGAACUGUGGUGAUGCUAAAUCUUUAUGUCGUAUGUGGGGGUUGUGGUGAGGGAAUUAUUUCUAGUGCAGUUGUAAACUUUUUCUCUUUUGAAAAGGGUGUUUUCACAGGGAUAAAAUUUGAGAGGUGGGGGAUAUUCUGACACUGGAACACCUCCUCUGGCCACUCUACCGUGCAGAAUUGUGCUGCACGCUGAACCAAGUGCAUUUGAUAUGUAAAUGUCGCAUUGGAAUUCAAAGCAAUGUUUAGUCAUGCUCAGACCAUGCCCUUCGUAUUCAUGAAAAUAUUCUUCAUUCAUGCCUGUCUGUUGCUGUGAGGCAAAUCUAAUUGGUUCCACACUGAACAUCAUCCCAUGAAUAAUGGUCCCUGCUCCACCUUAGACCUCGUAGUGUGUAAAAAUCAAAACCACCGAUGCAUAUUUUGUUCUGGUGCAUGGGGGAUGAGAUGUCUGCUCUGUGCAUAUCUCAUUGACAUUUAAGCAGAAACACUUUUUCUAUGUUCAAAAAUGCUGUAAGCACACACUUGUAUAGAAAGGGUUGAUGCAAGUUUGCAAAUAAUUUGCAAUGUUAGAAUGGUGAAUGGUGUUGCCUGUACAAUAGACAGAGAACUUGACGAUGCUUCUGGAUGCGGUGUCAAUGUAGAUUGUUUCCUAUGCUAAAUUCCUGCAUGAAAAAUGCUGUUUUGCCCAUUUGUGCACUGAAGUAAAGGUGAUAACACUGCUUCCUACAUCGUUUAGCAGAGUGCAGUGAUGGGUUUCCAGAGCAUGGAUCGUGUUGAAAACAGGCCUUCCGCUCAAGCCCUGCCCUGCCAACCCCUCGACAAAGAAACAAAGUGCUAAGCGGAGGAUUUUGCUGUUUUCUUUUCUUGUCUAUUGCACCAAAACCCUCCCCCUCCCCCCUGUUCUGUGCCGUGUGUACAUAUUGUAAAUUUUUGGUUGGACAUAUGACUGUUGUUCCCUGUUCUCUUUGUAGCUUCCCUUGUUUUUACAUAUAUAGGCUUCUUGCUUUGUAUUUCUUUUGGCAAUACGAAUUUUUUUUUCUAGGAUGGUGUACAUAGGAAGGCGGGCUUUUAGUCAAAACAAAGAAGCCUUGUACAGUUUCCAGCCUCACGUUAUUGCGAGGAUGUCUUUUUAAAGGCUUUUGUUUUUGUUCCUUGUUCUGUGCUCUCCGGAUUCGCAUUCUGCUGUGUCACUUUCGUUCUGUCAAGUGCUUGGAAUUUCCUUCGUCUUUAUACAAUGCUCCUUCCCUCUGUCCUCCUUGCCACAAGAUUUUUCUUUCUUCGAGUCUUUGUUCUGCUCUUGUGUUGCUGUGGCACAGAAGUAACAAUAAAACUAAAUCUCUUCUAUGAA